AUGACCGCCUCAGCAACAGAAGGCGCUGCUGCUCAGCAGCAGCAGCAGCAGCAGCAGCAGCACCAACAAGAGCAGGCUGCGGACUCGCUGCCAACGAAAGUGCAGCAAGAGCAGCAGCAGCAAAACACGACAGAAACAGAUAAACCGGUAGCGGAAGCAGCAACAAAUGAACCAGCAGCAGAAUCAGCAGCAAAUGCAGCAGGUGCUGCUGCUGCUCCAGCAACAGCACCAGUGGCAGCAGCAGCUGCUGACGAGCCCGCAGCUGCAGCACCAGCAGCAGCAGCAGCAGCAGCAAGUGGCUUUCUAGCAAAGAGUAUCGCAGAGGCGAUCCAGCUAGCAGAAGACCUUCUUUCAGACAGCAGCAGCGACAGCAGCAGGAGCAGCAGCAGCAGGAGCAGCAGCAGCAGCACCAGCAGCAGCCUAGAGGCAGAAAUUGAUGCUUUCGAAACUCAGGAGCUGCCUGCUGCUCUUGUGCGUUACUGGGCCAUUCUCGAGAGCGACUGGCAAGACCCUGAGCAGCAGCUGCAGCAGCAGCUGCAGCAGCAGCUGCUGCUGCAGCAGGAGCAGCAGCAGGAGCAGCAGCUGCAGCAGGUCUUUGUAGCCAAAUAUGCGGGCCGCAGCCUGCUGCAGCAAAUGACUCUGCGCUGCUUCAAACUCCUAAGGAGAGUUCUGCUGCACACUGAAGGCAUUCCAGCAGCAGUCUCGCUGCAUGCUGCUGGCUACGGGUCUCUGCUGCCGGCGCAGCGGCUGCUGCUGCUGCUGACACAUUUGCUGUCGCUGCUCGGCAGCAGCAAAAUAGUUACGGAGGAGACAACAGAUGGGCAGCAGCGGCUGCGCCUUGCGCUGCUGCUGCUGCUCAAGGUGAUCAGGUUCGAUGCGCAGCAGCAGCAGCAACAGCAGCAGCAGCAGCAGCAGCAGCAAGAAACGCACCAGCCGCAGCAGCAGCGCCAAGAGGGUGCGGAUGGGCAUGCAGCGGAUAACUGUGGUGUGGCUGCGCCAGAGGCAGCAGCAGCUGCUGCUGCUGCUCCAGCAGCAGCUGCAGCAGCAGCAGCAGGUUGCUGCAGCUGCCGCGAAGUCCCCCUGUAUCUCUUCUACUCUCCGGUGUCUUUGCUGCUGCGUGCUGCUGGUUUGCUGCUGGACUUGGUGUGUCAGUACACCCGGUGGGGGGAAGGAGCGGCAGCAGCAGCAGCAUGCGCGAAUGUAUGGCCGCUGCUGCGGGAAGCGAAACUACUACUGCAGCAGCAGCAGCAGCAGCAUCUGCUGCAGCAGCAGGUCUGGGAGAUGCUGCAGCACGUUUAUGACUCCCAAGAGCUGCUGGCCAGCUGCGUGGGGGCUCAGGUAACUAUGCAGCAGCGGCAGCAUCCCAGAAGCAGCAGCAGCAGCAGCAGCAGUGCUGCGGCGUUUGAGCGGCUCUCGCCGUACCAAUAUGAGCAGCAGCGAGACGCAACAGCAGCAGCAGCUUCUGCUGGCGCGCUGCUGCAGCUGCUGCAGAGGCGCGAGGUGUACAGGCAGCGGCAGCAGGAGCUGUGGCAGCAGCAGCAAUACUGGGACCCGCGCAGCAGAGCAGCAGCAGCAGCAGCAGCAGCCGAGGUGCGUGCCGUUGCUUCAGGAGAGAAGCAUCCUCCAGCGCUCCUGUGCAGCCGCUGCAGCAGCAGCAGCAGCAGCAACAGCAGCAGCAGCAGCAGCGCUGCCUUGUCGCCCUUCCCGGCCCCGCUUUUUGGCAGCAGCAGCAGCAGCAGCAGCAGCAACAGCGUGGUGGCAGCCACGCUGUUUGCUGCUGCUCCCACGUGUAUAGACACCCGAGAGCUGCUGCGGAACCUGGAGGGGUUGGCUGACUUUUGGGGGGCGCAGCAGCAGCAGCUAACAGCAGAAUUUCAUUUGCAUGCAGCAGCAGCUCUCGUGAAGCAAGCAGCAAGCGACAGGCAGCAGAAGCUGGAGCUGCAGCAGCAAAUGCAGCGGCAGCUGCAGCAGCAAGCGCAGCGAGAAAAUCCCGGCGAGCAGACGCCAGCUGCUGCAGCAGAAGCAGAUGCAGCAGCGGCAGCAGCAGCAGCAGCAGACACCGGCGACAGCGAUGUUCUCUAUUUGGGGCCCAUUGCUGUGGCCUCACUAGUGCAGCACGGAGAGCAGCAGCUAGAAGAGUUUGCUGCUGCGCUGCAGCAGCAGCUUGCUGCUCUCUUUGGGCAGCGGCUCAAAGCCUCGCGGCAGCUGCAGCAGCAGGGGCUUCCUUUUGUUGCCGACUGGCUGCAGCAGCAGCUGCAGCAACUGAAGCAGCAGCAGCCACAGCAGCAGAACAAGCAGCAAGAUGCAGACCAGCAGCAAGAGGGAGCGCAGCAGCAGGAAACGGAAUCGCAGCAGCAGCAACAGCAACGACAGCAGCAACAACAGCAGCAAAACCAGAACAGACGCAAUACUGACUUGGAGAAACUGCUCACUAAAGACAUGGGCCCGCAGCUUUCUUUGUGUCUGAGCAACAUUGAAGAUGCAUUUUUGCUGCUGGCAGUCCCAGAAGCAGCAGUUAAGGCCUUAAUACUAAAGCAGCAGCAGCAGCAGCAGCAGCAGCAGCGCCAAGAGGAGGGAGGCGACGCUGUCCAGAACGGCGGUAGCAGCAACAGCAGCAGCAACAAGGGCGACAGCAGCAGCAGCAGCAGCAACAGCUGCAGCAGCAGCAGCAACAGCAACAGGGAUAUUUGCUGCUGGCCUGUCAAUUUCGGGGAGCUGCUGCAGCGCCACGCGAGCCCUCAGCCUUCGCUGCUGCAGCUGGCAGCCCGUUGUGAGCGGUUGCUGCUGCUGCCAGAAGCAGCGGAUGCAGCAGCAGCAGCAGCAGCAGCAGCGGCUGCUGCUGCUGCUGCACAUGGCAUCAAGGAAGAAGAGAUGUCCUGGGUGCUGCUGACAGACCGCACGCUGCUGCUGCUGCCGGUCUCUCUGCCUCCGCUCCAUGACGUUGUAUCUAGGAAGCUCGCACAGAUGAACAGGCAGCUGAUGAUGACUAACGAAACGGCUCCCCUGCUGCCAGAACUGAAGGGCCUGCCCGAGGGCGACCUGGAGCGCCUGCGGAGCCUCUCGCUGACUGUUGGCUUUGAAGGGCCCAAGUGUCUUUUUGCUGCAGCAGCAUUUUACUCAAAUGCUGCUCUUAAGCAACCGCAGCAGCAACUGCAGCAGCAGCAGCAGCAGCAGCAGCAGCACAGUGUGUUUGCUUGCAGGGAACUUUCCUUCUUUGAAGAAAACCUCCCUCGUUUUGUUGGAAUGCUGCAGCGGCGCUGCAAGCUGCUGGAGCCUUUAGCAGCAGAGCUAAACCCUCAGCGACAGCUCUCUUAUGAGCUUGGGGAGGUUUACGAGCAAAUUCAUAUUUGCAAAUGGAAGGGCCGAAAACCCUCAUGGGAUGAUGACCCCAGUGCCGGGUUUGGGGUUUUGGGCGACACAGAUCUUUGCCUUGACUUCAACCAGAUGCAAGACGAAGAGCUCAAUCGGCUAAAGAAGUGCCGCGAGCUGCAUGCGUUUGCUGCUCGUAGCGCCCACUACUUUACAAUUUUUAUAAAGACGUUUGAAAUUCGGGGCGCGGACCCUGUUUCGGAGUUGUCAGCAGAACUGCGGGGAGCUUUGGCUUGUUCAAAAAUGAAAAGAGCUUUAAUGAUGUCUCAAAUGGGAAGAAGCAAACAAGAGUGCAUUCAGUGCAUGGCUGCUGCCCUCAAGGAGUAUGAUGCCUUGAUAGAGUUCUUCGCCUCCUUCAAAGAGUCGGCUGUCGUUGGUUCUCCGCUGCAGGUCCAGAUGUCGCUGGUGAUGCAAAGACACCAGCGCCUUGCUUCGACUGCGCAUCAACAAGCUGUGCGACUUGGGGAGGUAACGCAGCAGCAGCAGUUGCUGCAGCAGCAGCAGCAGCAGCAGCAACAGCAGCAGCAACAGCAGCAACGGCAGCAGCAGCAGCAGCCGAAAGCGCAGCGCCAGCUGCCGCUUGGCUGCGAGGUGCUGGAGUGCGACUCGAGCGCCUACGAACUUCUCCACAGGCUGCAGACGGCUUGGCCCUGUCUUUCUUUUGACUUCAUUCCAGACCAGCUCGGCGCCGCGCGCACGCGGUGCCCCCACACCUGCUACGCCGUGGGGGGCACUCAAAGCGACGGAAAAGAAAAUUGUCUUUACAUCAUGAAGUGGGAUCGUCUCCACAAGACGCAGCACGACGACUCCAGCUCGCUUUCCGGCGAAUCGAGCGACGAAGAUGACACCGGCGAAGACGCCAAGUUGGAUUUCCGCCUGAUUGCCCACAAAGGGGCCGUUAACAGAAUUCGCUGCUGCCCCCAGAUGCCGCGCCUCGUGGCUGCGUGGUCAGACUUGGGGGUGGUUGGCGUUUGGGAUAUUGAGAAGCACCUCAAGAGGCUGGACGAGCCGGGCGCUGCAGGCCCUCCGCCGGACCCUCACCAGAAGCCGACUUUUGAAUUUAAAGGCCACGGGACAGAAGGGUUUGCAAUGGACUGGAAUCCCCUUCAUUGCGUGGAGUGGCACCCCAGCGAAGAAGGGGUUUUUGCUGCAGCAAGUUUAGAUGACUCUCUCACCUUUUGGGAUUUGUCUGUCGAAAGAGAAGAACCCGCAGAAGUCCAGACCAAGCUGCAGCAGCAGCAACUGCAGCAGCAGCACCUGCAGGAGCAGCAACUGCAGCAGCAGCAACUCCAGAAACAACAACUGCAGCAGCUGCAGCAACAACAACUGCAGCAACAACAGCUGCAGCAGCAGCAGCUGCAGCAGUUGCACCUCAUGUUUAGGACACUUUGA